CGUGCUGAUAGGGGGAAAUGUCCUUCAAAAUAUGUCUCUAGGGAGACGCGUCGUCAUGGACACAGUGAAGUACACAGAUGAAGGAUCACAACUGUUUAUGUGUGAUCUGCGCUGCACGUGCGUUCCAGCGUCGUCCGCGCGAGAUACAGAGCAGGCAUGGGCAGUCCUGAUGUGUGGGUUGGUUCCUGGAGGCCCCACAGGCCAAAAGGUCCGAUUGCUGCACUCUACAGCAGCCCCGGUCCUAAAUAUGCCCUCCCAUCGGCUACAGGUCAAAAUGAGCAUGACCCACGAAAAUGGAAAGCUCCUGCUUACAGCUUUGGAAUACCGCAUAGGCAAUACAGAGAAAGUUGCACGCCCGGACCAGCCUAUCUCAUACCCUCCAAUAUGACUCGAAUCGGACGUGAUGGCAACCCUGCAUAUUCGCUAUAUAGUCGACCUAAAGACCCUCAGCUCUUCCAGACCCCAGGACCAGGGUCUUAUCGUCCAGAAAAAGCAGCAGUGAAAACCUUUUAUUCUGCCCCCUCAUACACACUGUCUGCUAGGACCAAAUUGUUCCGCAAGGACCAAACACCAGGACCUGCUGCAUACAUGCUCCCCCCAGUGCUAGGGCCAAUCUCAGUGAGUAAAAGAUCUGCCCCAAGCAUCUCCCUCAUUGGCCGCAGCACGAUAGGCAGCUUCCACGAAGACUUGAAGAAGACUCCAGGUCCUGGAACAUACAGAGUUGUUGAGCCAAACGUGUACAGAUCAAAAUCUCCGCAGUACAGCCUUAUUGGACGCAACAUCGUGCCUGGUGAUACAGUCCAGAAGCCAGGACCUGGAGCUCAUUAUCCAGAGCAGGUGACCUCCACAAGACACAAAGCUCCCAGCUUCAGCUUUGGUGUCCGUCACUCUGAGUACAUUGCCCCGCUGAUUGUGGACAUCAGUGAUUAACCAUCAUCUCAUUCUUGUCAUUUAAUAAAGACUAUUGAACAGCAGAGA